AAAUGAGGAAAACGCAAUGGUUACGAUCAUUAAUACUAAUGGUGGGAUAGUAUAUCAAAAUCUAUCUAGUUGCGACUGUACAGUUCAAAUAUCUUUGUAUAUUCAAUACGAUAUUUCUAUGAAUUUACCAUCUUACUUAAUACGCUGAGAAUAGUUUGAUUAUAAACAUUGCUCUUACAAGUCUCAUAUCUUUUAAGACAACUAUGAAUGUAAUACUGAAUACGUACAAACAAUAUUCGCGCACUGGACUUUUCAUCAUCAGUAAAACUAAUUUGUCUGUAUUCAAAACACCAGUCGACAUCAUGCAGUAUUCCUUCAAGCCUGAUAAAUCUUUAGAUCCGUCAAAGUACCUAUUUUCAACCAAAAAUCCUGUGUAUAAAGCGGUUAUUUUCGAUAAAGAUGGGACCAUUGUUUGCUUUAACUCAAUGUGGAUGCCUUGGGCAAGGAAUAUUGCUAAGAAUAUUUCACGUGACAUUUCGCAGGACAUGACGCUCGAGAUACUGACUACUCUUGGAUGCUGCACGAAAACUCAUAUGAUAAAUCCAGGUUUAAUGUUUUUCUUAUUAAUUCUAUCGUUUUUGAAGGUUUGUUGGCUGAAGGUACUGAAGAACAAAUAACAACUGCUCUAACAGAUUUGUUAGCUUCUCAUGGUAUUCCUAAAAGCACGGCUCAAUUUACCGUGGCUAAACAUGUAAAAGCGUUAUCGCUCUCACCCGAGCAUAUUGUCCAGUUAGCUGAUUUAAAAAGUAUCCUAACUACUCUGAGACAGCACUCGAUCAAAACUGCUAUCUGCACAUCUGACAGUCGCAAGCGAACAGUAAAAACUUUGGCGGCGUUAGAUAUUUUACAUCUAAUGGAUGUUGUUGUUUGUGGUGAUGACAUUGGUAGACCUCCCAAACCAUAUCCAGAUCAUGCUGAAUUUAUAUGUAAGAAACUACGUGUGUUACCUGAAGAAACUGUUAUGGUAGGAGACACUUCAACGGACAUUUCUUUUGCAAAAAAUGCUAAUCUAGGGUUGUGUAUUGGCGUUUUAAGUGGGGUUGGUCAACAAAGUGAUUUGGAAGCAACUUGGCUUAAACAUUCCGGUACUGAGGGGAAAAUCAAUGUUAACGAGGCUAAAUCCUAUCACCUGAGAUCUCAGUUACGUAUCGUACCAUCUGUUGGUCAUAUACUGCCACUCGUACUAACUGAUCUACCGGUCAGACGGGUUUUACUGGGUAACAAUAUAUUAUAUCAAAAGUUGUCGAGUCGAAAGUUCAAAUUGGUUAUUAUUGACAAAGACGGAAGCUUUAUUGAUGUACAUCCUCGCUGGGCUGAAUGGUGUGAAAAUAUUUACAUGAGAUUGGCGAACAAGGCGUCUCCGGAUCUAGCAAGUACAUUCUUGGAUAUACUUGGUUAUGCUUCCGAGACACGUAAAAUAUCUAGUGGUAUUUUAGCUGAAGGAUCAAUGGUGUUCAUUAAAGAGUACCUAAGGAACUUACUCAUACUGAAAGGAUAUGGAGUGAAGGAAUCUGAUCUAAUUGUAAAUCGGGUAUGGAUUUGUCCAAGUUCUAUACCAGGCAUCACAAUAUCCGAUACGAUAGAAACGGUUAAUAAACUCCGAGAAAUCGGUUUGCUAGUAGCUAUAAAUAGUUUGGACAGUCGCAAAGCGUGUGAUACUUUUUUAUCCAACGAGAAAUUGCAUGACUACGUAAAUAUCACGAUGUCAGCAGAAGAUGCUGGUCGUCAUCCAAAGCCUUUACCACAUACUGUGCUUCAAAUUAUUGAAAAAGCUGCAUGCAAACCUGAAGAAACAGUCAUUGUCGGUGAUACACUGGCAGAUCUAAUCUCUGGUCGAUCCGCUAAGGUUGGUCUUACUGUUGGAGUAUUGUCUGGAUUCUCAUCAGCAAAUGACCUAGUCUCCUAUUCAGACAUACUUUUACCAAACUUAUCUUAUCUCCCAAGUCUAUUUACUGAUUAUAAAUAG